AUGGAACCUAAGCGACACAUGGAACCUAAGCGACGCCGCACCCUACACGACCAAGUCGCUGCUCUCGCAGCUUCAAUUCGUGAUCUCGAAAGCCAGAUCUCCACUUCGAAUACUUCUGGAACUCCUCUACCUGGCGACGACGCCCUGCGAUCUCUGGAGGACCAGCUCAACGAGCAACCUUCGUUCGCAGGAUUCCCCACGGCGUCGUGCUGUGAGCUGGACUCUGCUGCUACAGCGUUGUGGAAUACAUGUGCUCAGGCGAGUAAAGCGCGCGAGAAGAACGAGGAGGCGCUGAAGCUCUUGAGUAGAGCGAGGGCACUUGCAUUUGCGGUGUUGGAUAUUGCUGCACCAGCUCGACCCUCCGUAGGACAUUUGAGGGCUCUCAAGGCGGCGUUGAAAGCUGCUCGCGGUUGUCUCGGUACUCCAAAUCUCUACCUCAGGGAUCUUGUAUGGCAGGCUGACUUAGAGGCAGACUCUGAGCAGCUCGAUCUCAGCCUAAAAGUCCUGGGAGCAGGAGCACAGAGACUGGAUUCCCUCGAGAACUCGAAUACCCAGAUGGACAAGUCUCACUUACAAUCUGUUGCGACGGAGUACUACAUGCUGCGGAUCCAGCUGGCAUGGCUAAGAGGUCGACCUGAUAUCGCAGAGCAUUUGCUUUCAAAGGCUCCUGCAGCCGUGAUGAUCGAGGAUCGGAAGAUCAUCACCGAGACAUGCUACAACGUGGGGAAUGCGGCGCUCUCGGCAAGUCAAUACGACAUUGCGGUUCAAUGGCUGAGCAGAGCCUCCGAGCAGAUUGAUAUUCUGGAUUCGGAGAGUCACGACCAUCUAGGCGCGGGCUUAAAUGACUUGAAGCUACUUGUUCGACAUACUCUUGUUCGAGCUUACAUGUGUAUCGAUACACCUGAAUCAAGAGAAGCGCUUACCAGACAGCUCACCCUGCUCAAAGCUGACGCUGGAGACACGCCCAGUGUUCUUUUCCUUGAGCUCGAGAUUCUCUGCCGAGGAGAAAAGCCAGAUCGCGGUGAUGGGUUUAAAGGUACCAGCAGCGUUUAUUGCCGUCUGGCAACAGAUAUUAACCAUGUGGCAGCACUCUUGACGGACAUUGUCAGCUGCAUGAAUCCCUCAGACGAGAACCUGAGACUAGCAUUUUACUAUAUUGAGAACCAUACGAGCUCAAGUUUGGAUUUUACCGUGCACAUUCUGCAAUCCCUCCUCGUACGCCUUUUACCAUUCCACGUUCCGGCGUGGGUUGAGAGGUGCUUCCUUAGUCUGGUGUGGCUACUGCGAUCCUCGAACGAAAAAUGCCUAGAACUUAUCAGGGACAUGAUCAAGAAGCUGGAGACGCACGGACACAGUCCUCUGAGCAUGGGCGCAACUCAUGCCACCUUGAUUGUCAUAUGGAAGCAGAUGGAUUCUGCAGUUCGUAAAAAGCAGCUUGCCAUUGCAGAAAAAUGGGGUGUGCUCGCCGUCGAUACCAAGAUCUUCGAAUCCUGCUCCAAAUCCAACCGACAUAAAACACUACGAAAAUUGGCUGGAUGUGCCUUGAGCAAAUGGGACGUGGCUCUCGCUCGAGAGAUCCUGGAUCGGAUCCCUGUCAGCGAAGAAGAUGUCGAUUCUCGAACCCUUUUCCUAUGCUACAAACUGGCAUUGAUGGAGGGUACAAACGGUGCAGAACUUCAUUGUCAAGAAGUGCUCGAUACACUCGGCGCGGGCUGGUUUACCUAUGUGUUGUCCUGCGCAGCCGAAGCUCAACGACAGAACAAGCAGUCAGAACUGCUCGAGUGUAUCCUCUGUGUCUUUGAAUGCAUGGGUAUGAAGAAGUUCUUUUCUCACGAGGUUGAUCUUUCUUCGUUCUUCAUAUUCACGUUCUUGGUCCUGAAAGACGUGGAAGACAAAACCAGUAGAGAGGAGAUGAUGUGUCAGACCUUUACAUCAGCGUUGAGGGUGGUCGUUGCAGAUGUCCCUGCAAGCAGUACCAUCUCACCAGAUGACCUCCAAUGGCUCUACGGCGAGAGCUACGACCUGGCUUUGAGAAUGCUCACGGAGUCCCGGGUGGAACGCGUCAGUCCGCUGCUUGAAGCAUCUAAAGAGUUUGCACGGUGUUAUUCGAAUAGAAGACCGCUAGACCGCUUAAAAGUUUCCCUGCAUAUCUUCCUCUGCAACUAUCUAGGGGCAAUAUUUUCGGUCAAGAAGGCACGUUCAGAGUCUGACAGUUCCAUCCAAAAAUGCCACUAUGAAAGGUUGCAUGAUGAUCUGUUUAUUUACGCCAGUGUAUCCCAGUUCCUGGAAGGAAAAGAUGUCGCGACUGUUGAAGCGGAGUGGUUACAACGAUGCCGAAAUCUGAUCGCUCUUGAUUUCGAAGCAUCGAUUCAUCUCGAGCUGUGGUCUUUUCUAAUCUCACUUGCUGAGCAGGCCCAAGGCUUCUUGGAUGAAGAGCUUUGCUCGUCCUUGCUGGACUUGAUACUUCGCUCUCAUGCACCGAUCCAAGAGAUCGUUACUGUGGUCAAGACCAUUAUAUGCACCGCCCACGACUCAUCAUCCCCCUUCCUCAACGCAUCUUCCUUCCGUAUCAAACUCCCCCGCUACCUGCGCUGCCUCUUCCAGCUUGCCAUCACGUCAAUUCCAAGAGAGGUCUCUGAAAUAUCACCACAAGAUGAAGAAUCAGUCUUCUCAGUGGUCGACGCAUCGCUCGCAGAAUCCGUCCUCGACCAAGUCCUCGUUCUAGCUUCAAACGAGUACUUUAUUCCUAGUGCCCAGCCCAACCAGUCACUCAACCCAGGCAUGAGUUCUAUCUCUGGCAUUCUCGAAGACAGAAGUUGGUAUCCUUACCCUAUUGAAGAACUCGAGUGGCUCGCUUCUGUUGCUUUUAACAAGGCCGUCGACUUUUACCGCGCGGCCCGGGACGAGGAGUAUCAGCGGUGGGGUAUGAAGGCUGUUCAAGUGGCGGAGUCUGUGGAUCGUGUGUCUGGUGGUGUUCUUGCGCGGAUGCUGCGUGCGAAUAUGGAGAGGUUGAGUUGA